AUGGGACUCAGCGGCGUCAAGAACAAGACCAAACUCGCCCACGAUCCCAACAAUACCAACUGGUCCAAGUCCACGGAAAACUUUGGCCACAAGAUCCUCAGGGCGCAGGGAUGGAAGCCCGGCGAUUAUCUCGGAGCGGAAAAUGCAGCGCAUUCGUCGCAUUACACCGCCGCCAAUGCCUCACAUAUUCGCGUUGUGCUACGAGAGGAAAACAUKGGGAUUGGAGUUCAAGUUGGCAAAGGGAACGCUGAAAACUUUGGGUUGAGCAUGUUUUCUGGCUUGCUGGGCCGCCUGAAUGGAAAAAGCGACGAGGAGCUGGAGAAGAAGCAGAAUGCGCUCAGAGAUGUAGAGCUUGGCAGUUUUCAUGCAAGGAAAUACGGCAGCAUGAACUUUGUGAGUGGAGGACUUUUGGUUGGCGACAAGAUGGAGUUCCCGAAAUCAACUGUGCUGCCCAGCAAGAAGAGGAAGGCCGAGGAUGAGGGAGUGGCGAAGGAGCUGGAGGUUAAGAAAACGAAGAAGAGUGAGACAGCAGACAUCAACUCGUCUGCUGACGUCGAGGUCGAGCAAGGAAAGAAAGAGAAAAAGGAGCGCAAGAAGCGGAAAGAGCUGGAGGCCAAGGCCAAAGCGGAGAGGCGGCUGCAAAAAGCUGCGCGGAAAGCCGGGAAAUCUUCCAAAUCGUCCUCGAACGACGAUGGCGAAAAGGCCAGGCUAAAAGCAGAAAAGCGAGCCCGCAAAGAAGAGCGGAGGGCGCGGAAAGAAGAGAAGCGUGCGAAGAGAGCUGCAAAGGACAGCACGCGGUCUAAACCUCACACGGGAGCAUCAGACUCGAGCAGCGAGAGCGACGAAACUGCAACGCCCCCUGAGCCCAGCACAGUUUUUGGUGGAAGGCACGCGGUGAGGCAGAGAUAUAUCAUGCAGAAGCGAAGGGCACACAUGGACCCGCAGGCUUUGAAGGAGAUUUUCAUGCUGCAAGCAAAGGCAGCUGCUUCAUGA